GCUUAUUCACGCAGAGAAAAUAGAGAAGCACAAGAAAGAUUCAAUGCGACCCUGCCUGAAAACACACCUGCUGUUAUACCAGAAAUUAUAGAAAUGACAAGUGAACAUAAUUUACAAUUAUCAAAUUCAUCAAAUACUAUAGAUAAGAUUGAUUUAUCAUCAACUGAAGAUGUUGCGCGUUCAAAAAUCUUAUCAAAGAAGCUGAAACCACCUCCCAAAGGCAUUUUUGUUCCAACUCACAAUAAAGCGAACAGCACUGACACCAUUAAUACAAUGUCAGCUCAACAAGCCAACCCUCGCCUAUCUAUAAACAAUAGUAUUAAAAAUAAUUAUCCAUAUAGUCCUCUUUAUACAUUGUCUGUGCCUGGAAGUCCAAUUACUACUUUACCUGUAAUAUCACGUACUUCAUCAUCUUCACCCCACAAUGAAGGAUAUGAGAAUUUUGUCUGUAAGAAUGUGCCUGAACAUCGGGAUAGUGGAAUUUCUUUGGCUUCUCCCGUACGUAAAUCUG